AUGACUUACAAGCAUGAUUGGUGGCUCAAAACUUGGCUUAUUGCGGCUCUGUGUUCCUUUACUGUUCAAUUUGAUCCAGAUACAUGUCAACAACCAAUUGGAUUGGAAAAUAAAAUAUUAAAUAGUGCAUUUAGUGCUAGUAGUAUAGCCAACAAGAAUACACAGCCACACUAUGCAAGAAUUCGUUCUGAAACAAACGGCUGGUGUCCAUCUCGUCUAAUAACAUCAGACACAUAUGAAUAUUUGGAGAUUAAUUUGAUAAAUUUAACGAUCAUAACUCUUUUGGAAAUCCAAGGUGGUGGUCAAUUGAUGAAUGAACAAUUUGCUGAUAAUUUUCGAUUAGAAUAUAAACGUCAUGAAAAUAUGACAUGGAUUAAAUAUAAGAGUUUUACUGGUCAAGAGAAAUUAAGUGGAAAUAUAAAUAGUUAUAUACCGGCUAUGCGAGAAAUUCUUCCAAUAAUUGUUGCACGAAAAAUACGAAUUAUACCAUUAACCGAUAUACCGAAAAAAGUUUGCAUUCGUUUAGAAUUGUAUGGUUGCCUAUCUACAGAUGAUUUAUUAUCAUAUUCUAUGCCCCAGGGAGACAAGAGAGGAUUUGAUGUGCUAUUUAUUGAUAAUACCUAUGAUGGUAAAAAUUCAAAUGGAACAUUAAUAGAUGGUUUGGGUCAGUUAACUGAUGGUGUAUUGGGUGCAGACAAUUAUUUAGCCGAUGGUGGAAUGGGAAAGCCUGGUUACGAUUGGAUUGGUUGGAAGAAAAGUCCAAAACGAAUAUCAUCCGUUGAUAUUAUAUUUAAUUUUGAUCAUCCGAGAAAUUUUUCAUUAAUAAAAUUUUAUACGAAUAAUAUGUUUUCGAAAGACAUUAGUCUAUUUAACAGUGUGAUAAUUGCUACAAGUUUAGAUGGUUUAAAAUUUGAACCGAAAUUAGUUUAUCGUUCAAUACGUCAAGAUCAUUCGAGUAUGAAAUCAAGAUUCGUCGAAGUACCAUUAAAAUUUUUAAUUGGGAAAAUUCUUAAAAUAACAUUAUCAUUCAAUAAAAAAUGGAUAUUGAUUAGUGAAGUAAAAUUUGAAUCUACAGUUAUUAUAUCAAAUACGAUUCGUCAUACAAGCACUGUUGGAAGUUUAUCGCCUGUUAUUGCUGAAGCUGAUGGUAAUUCAACAUGUAGUAUAUCGAACUCAGAUAUUAGACAAAAUAAUUCUCCUCAACAUACUCUUUUGAUUUCUACGACAACAUCAUCAAAUAAUACUUUAAAGGAUACAAUCCAUCAGACAUCAACAAAUCCAUACUUGACCGCAAUAACUGAUUAUGAAAACGAUAACAUGAUUACAAAUCCAUAUGCUUCCAUUGAUGUGUGUCCAAACAAUAAAGAAACAGUAGAUGAAGCAACAAAUAUUCAAGGACCAUGUGGAAAUUCUACAUAUGAAAUGAAAUUAGAUGCUAGAACCAUACCAUCUCCAUUGCUAGUCAUCAAUGAUGAACAACUUAUUGUUGAAGAAAAAUUUGGACACGGUACUUUUGGAAUGAUAUUUCGUGGCUACGUUUUUCUCAGACAUCCGGAAGAUACAUUGAAAUCAGUUUUAAUAAAAUCUCUUAGUACCAAUGGUAAUGAUGAAGCAAAAAAAUGUUAUGAAAAAGAGUAUGAAAUAUUUGGUCAAAUAAAACAUAUAAAUAUUGCCAAUUUACUUUGUUAUACAACAAAAAAUAACUAUUUUGUCAUGGAACAUAGUGAUCUGGGUGAUCUUUAUACAUUUUUAUCUAUCUCAUCACAUGAGCAAAAAAGUGUAUCUAUGAACAUUCGUCUUUUAUUAACAAAUCAAAUAGCGGAUGCCAUGUGUUAUUUGGAAUCUAAAAAUAUUGCUCAUCGUGAUUUGAGUGCAAGAAAUUGUCUUAUCUAUCCAGAAUUUGAAUUAAAAAUAACAAAUUCAGCUAUGGCAUCACCUCAAUUCAAAUCACACUAUUAUCAAAUGAAAGACAAUUUAUAUCCGUUACGCUGGAUUUCACCAGAGUCUAUUGCAAAUACUCAAUUUACGUCUCAAUCUGAUGUAUGGGCAUUUGGUAUUUGUUUAUGGGAAAUAAUGACCGAUUGUAGCACCAUGCCAUAUUCAACAUUGUCAGAUGAAGAAGUGCUAUACUGGCUACUGACCAUGUCAAACUCACCGAUAAAAAAGAGUGGUCUACAAUUAUCAAGACCAAUAUGUAUGUCAAAAGAACUACUUGAUUUAAUGUCAGAAUGUUGGAGAGCUUACCAAGAUCGACCAACAUUUAAAGAAAUUCAUACAUUUUUAAAUAAACGAACAGAUGGAAUGGUGUUAUGA